AUGGGCAGAACCAGAAAACCUUAUGAUCGCCAACCCGCGAGAAAUGAUAACAGGCAUUUCGGAUCGAACCAGCACAAAAUACCAGAGUACAACCUCAACGUUGAACCAACCCAAGUCGUAGCGAUAAUGAAAGGAAUGGGGUCCGCUGUCAAGUGGUCUGGUAAGCUCAAUCCCGAGGCAAGAAGAGACACAUCCAAGUGGUGUGAGUUCCACAACGAUCAUGGGCACAACACCGCAGACUGUAUCGCCUUGCGGCUAGAGGUUGCCGCACUUUUGAAGAGGGGACAUCUCCGUGAUCUACUCACUGACAAGGGGAAGAACACCAUUAGCCAGAAGGGCUCCAAAAAACCAUCGCCCCCUCUGCGAGAACCCACACCGAAGGGUUUCUGCUCGCUCAUCUCUGGAGGAUCAGAAAUCAGUAGGGUAAGUUACUCAUCGGCCAAGCGGUAUGCUAGAACCAACCACCACCAUGAAGUCCAGUCCAUCCAUCUGGUCUCGAGGUCAUACUCUCGUCAAGUAAUUCAGUUCGAAGAUGACGAACCGGUCACCCUGGCCGCUCCUCACCACGAUGCUUUAGUCCUCUCCCUGCAAAUAGCCAACAUCCUAGUGAAAAGGGUGUUCGUAGAUAGAGGUUCGUCAACAAAUAUCCUAUUCCUUGAAGCAGUAAAAGCAAUGGGGCUGGAAGAAGCAAAUAUCGACAGACGACCGACACUGUUGGUUGGAUUCAGCUCGGAGCAGAAAUACACUAUCGGGGAGAUCAUCCUUCCUAUCUAUGCCGGCGGAGUAAAUAAACAAACUGUCUUCUUGGUGAUCGACUGUCCAUCCCCCUACAAUGCCAUCUUGGGGCGGCCUUGGAUCCACAACAUGCGGGCAGUCCCAUCUACCUUCCACCAGACGAUCAGGUUUCCAACCAAGUGGGGGGUACGAGAGAUCAAGGGCGAUCCCAAAGCUUCUAGAGACUGCUACAAGAACGCCUUCAAGAGCAAGGGUAACUCCUUAUAG